AAACAAACAAUUUUAUUUAAUAAUGAACUAACAAAAGUCAAAGAAGAAAUUCAUGAUAAAUCUAGAAAAAUUGCAAAUUUUAAAAAAUAUAUUGUUUAAAUUCUAGAUGACUGAACCUAAUGACGAUGAAUUUCAAAAUACUAUGCAUAUCUAUGCUGAAAAAAUUAAAGAAAGUAAAAACCGUUUAGAAUCAUUGCAGUCAACUGCUGAAUAUCAAAAAAGCGAAAUAGAAAUUAAAAAAAAUAAAUACAUGGAUGCUUUACAACAAAAAGAAAUAAAAAAAAUUCAAAACGAACAUUUAUGUCGUGAAAAGGCUAGAUUAACAAAAGAAUGGCAAGAUAAAUAUCAAUGUCUUACAGAAUAUUACAAAAAGCGACAAAAACAAAUCGAUAAUUUACCUUUUGCGUUAGUUGCAACACAAGCAAAAAUAUCAGAGCAAAAGAAAUUAAAAACAGAAUUAGAUAAAGAAAUUGAAAGUUUAAGUACUCAAUUAAAAGAAAUAGUAUAAAGAAUUCUUAAAAAUAUAUUAUCUUUCCUUAAUGUAUGAACUUAAUAUUUUAGAAGGAUAGAAAAAAAAAAUUAAUUUUGAAUUCAAUGAAAACGCCUGAAAUUUUAGCUAUGGAAGCUAGAAAUACAGAGUAUAAGGAUGAAUUAGCAAGUUUAGAAAAAGAACAUUCUGAAAUUGAACAACGUUAUAUGGAUACAAAAAAUAGUAUUGUACAGUUGAAAUCUGAAUUAAACUUAAUUAAAAAAGAAUCUAAUGCCCAAAUAUCGUCAUUGGAAAAUUUAUUAAAAGAGCAAACUGAUAUAUACAUGUUGACUAUAAAAAAACUUCAAAAGCAAAUUUCUGAAA